AUGUCUUUUAAUUGUAGAUUCUUACUCAUUAUACUCACUGGGAGCCUGUUACCCACCUAUGGCCAAAAAAAUGUGUCCAUAAUAGAAGAUGGAAAAUGCUUGGACUGUAGAAAGGAAAGUAAGGAUUAUUGUCGGAUUGAAGCGACAGGAUUUAGUUGUUAUGAAGGAGAAUUUUAUAGGCGGUUGGGUCAUCUGAAAGAUGAAUUCCCCAAAACAACCGAAAAAGUGGACGUAUGCCUUGCACCCGGAAUGCAUAUCGAUAGAAAAAAUGCCAAAAUAUGCUGCGUUUGGUCGCCCGAAAUCGGCUGUCAAGUCCUUUUAAGUGAAGAUCACCAAGGCGAAUUUUGCUUCACUUGCAGAGUGAAAUAUAAAAUGGAAUACAAAGGCCUGCUUUCCUGUCCGUGCCUAAAAAAUGAAGGAUCACGCCAAGCCUAUGUGAAAACAUUGAACACCUUUAUGUUUACUUGUUUAUUCACAAAGUUAUUAUUCAGUUCCACGGCGGGGCUAUAGCUUAAAAAUUUCAAAUGUACAUGUCAUAAUUGCAAAUUAAUUGUUAUAUCCUUUACAGGGAGUUAUUAAAGACCGGGUAGAUGUUUUAUGUAUGUUCAA